UAUGUGGAUUUGUGAAGCAUUUUAAAUAUUUAACGACACCACUCUAGUGAUAUUAUGUUUUUUUCAGAGGAAAAAUGUUCCAUCAGAACAGUACCAAGAGAAAUUAUAUGCAGCUCGAAUGCAACGUGUCAAAUACAUUUUCUAACACUCGGAAGAGGUCACCGCUAGUGAAUAUUGCUACACAGGCAUAUUGAAUUGGGAAGUCUGCAGGUGGGGUUGCUGCGAUGGGAGCGAUGGAUACUCAAUAUGUUGCGAACAAACCAGGCCUGAUUGCUGGGUCCUUGGCAGGCUCAUUGGUCUUAGUCGCAAUCGUCGUGUCGAUCGUCGUCUGUUGUGUAUACUGCGUGCGCAGAUCUUCAGGCACCAGUGGACAAGUGCUCGGAAACGCAACGAUUGUACAAGCAGCCGUAGUGACAUCGUCUAACCUGACCUAUGGGCCACCACAGUCCUACCCGAUGCAGACGACCCAGAUGGCGUUAGUGUCAGCUCCACCCCUACAGGGCAGCGGUGCCCAUCCCGGGUCCACAAUGGGAUCCGAACCACCCCCGUAUUCUAUGCAGCCGUCAUCUUACUCACCGCAACGAUAUUAGAACACCAUCAGAACUGCUAACUUGUGUUUUUCUAGCUGACAUGAUUGAUUUCCUUGUUAUGUUUUUGUUUCAUAUUUUUUGUAUUCAUUCCGACAAAUAGCAAACAAAUGUAUAUAAUUAUUCAAUGCCAUGUUUAUAAUAAACUUUACUUCAUUUCUUAUUUCUGAUGUGUGCCCUUCGAUGAAUCGAUGGACAUGGUUUUCAUGUGCCAUGUUUAUUGCUUGUGAUACAACUAUUUAUAUAUUUCAGAACUAAUUGAACUUACAAUUUGAAAUAUCUUAAACUUGACCAUGAAGAUAUAAGUAAUUAUUGGCCUGACACAGUUUUAAGGUGAA